ACCAUGUACCUUUCGUUCUCUUUGGGAACUACGCUGUUUUGUACUAUUCUCAUCAUCUACCGAAUCAUAAAAGUUGGGAGAUCUUCGAACAGCAUCGGUGCCUACCGCGGCGUCAUCGAAAUUCUCGUUGAGUCGGCUUCGCUCUAUGCCGUCUCUCUAAUAUUGUGGAUGGCUUUUUUGCUCCACAACUAUGAGGCGAGUGUUUACCCGGAAGCCAUAUACGUCUCUAUCACAGGAAUCGCACCUACUCUUAUCGUCGGACGUAUCGCGUCGGGACAAGCACGUCCUGAUGAUAGCUGG